AUGUCAUUUAAUAGCGUCCCAAGCAAUCAACUUUACGGUGGUCGUAGGUACAGUAGCGGAUACAGCGGUGUUACGAUGACUGAGGAGGGUCCACGAAACGGGGCAGGGAGGUAUCGGAAGAGAAAGUACCAGAGUGCUGAACCUGACGAUGAUAUUACAUUUGAGCUUGGUAAGAACAAGAGAGCUACGGUGAGACAGUUCCGAAACAUAAACCUCGUUGAUAUCAGGGAAUACUAUCAGGAUACGGCCACCGGCGAGAUGAAGCCAGGCAAGAAAGGGAUCUCGUUGACCGAGGAGCAGUAUGAUGAGUUGCUGCAUCACCAAUUUCAAAUAGACGAAGCCUUGCGUCGUUUUGGCUCUAAGCGACGCAAAUUCAAGAUGGUGCCGGUUGAUCACUCUGACGACGAAGGGGGUGCCAUGAAAGAAAUCGAGCCAAACAGGCGCCAGAGGGCGAAGAGCAGCGAUCCGGGCAAGUCAGAAGCCAGAGAACACGCUAAGCCUGCUACGAAGAAGCGCAAGGUUGCAGAGCCUCAAAGACCGUAUUCACAGCAGCAAGAGGAAAACCCUCGUCUCGAUCUUGCAAUUCCGACCAUGAAAAAGGCGUUGCAGAAUCCACGACUUGAUGAUCGCCCGAAGAAGGUAGAGCCGAAACCGAAGAUUGAAGUUCAGGCGCGUGAAGACGAGGAUCUGGAUUCCAGUGAUGAGGAUUUCGCCCAGGCAUUAGAGUCCGAAGUACGGAGACAAGAUGAGGAUAUAAGCGAGGAAGAAUAG